CCACACUCUACGUUCGGCGAGACGAUUUCACAAACACCAAACGCUCACAAUCCGGCCAUGGCUGUGGAAGUAUGCGUCAAGGCUGCUGUAGGCGCUCCCGACAUUCUUGGAGACUGUCCCUUUUCCCAGAGGGUUCUUUUGACUUUGGAAGAGAAGAAAGUCCCUUAUAAGCUGCAUUUAAUCAACGUUGACCAGAAGCCCCAAUGGUUUUUGGAAGUGAACCCAGAAGGGAAGGUGCCAGUGAUAAAAUUCGAUGAUAAAUGGAUUGCAGACUCUGAUGUGAUUGUUGGUCUUCUUGAGGAGAAAUACCCGAACCCUUCUCUAUCUCCUCCUCCUGAAGUCUCAUCUGUGGGCUCCAAAAUAUUUCCUUCUUUUGUCAAAUUCUUGAAGAGCAAGGAUCCUACUGAUGGAUCAGAACAGGCUCUGCUUGAUGAAUUGAAGGCAUUGGAUGAGCACCUGAAAGCUAAGGGACCGUAUGUCAAUGGAGAAAAUAUUUGUGCUGUUGAUUUGAGUUUGGCACCAAAGCUUUACCAUCUUGAUGUUGCUCUUGCCCAUUUCAAGAAUUGGAUUGUUCCUGAAAACUUGACCCACGUGCACAACUACCUGAAGUUGCUCUUUUCUCGGGACUCUUUCCAGAAAACAAAGGCUGCAAAGGAACACGUUGUCGCAGGCUGGGCACCCAAAGUUAAUGCAUGAACUUGUUGAAAUUUACGUAGAUCAGGCUAUUACUCUUUUCCUGUGGCGAGUUUGCUGUGAAAAUUCUAGAGUAAUUUUUCUCAGCAAUGCUCGCCCUGAAUUAUAAUAAUACAUGCUUGUUGUAUGUAUAGUUUCUAGGGAUGUAUUUGAUGCUGAGUCCUGAUGGAUUUGGCAAGGAAAUAAGAUUCCGAGGAGACUAUCAAUUUUAUGCCU